AUGGCCUGUAAAUGCAGGAGGCCAUGUUACACUAGCAAACAGCUGUUUGUUUACGCUGUGAGCCGCAGACAUAUCUUUAAUCAAACUCUCUGUGCAUCGCUGUGUGUUGGUGUGUGAGGAUGAGCGGCGGAACGCCGUAUAUCGGCAGUAAGAUCAGUUUGAUCAGUAAAGCUGAGAUCCGCUAUGAGGGAAUAUUGUACACCAUCGACACAGACAACUCAACCGUCGCGCUCGCGAAAGUGCGCUCUUUUGGGACUGAGGACCGCCCGACGGACCGGCCCAUCGCACCCAGGGAUGAAACGUUUGAGUACAUUAUAUUCAGGGGAAGUGACAUCAAAGACCUGACUGUGUGUGAACCCCCCAAACCAACAUGCUCCCUGCCUCAGGACCCUGCCAUUGUUCAGGCUUCAAUGGGAUCUUCAGCUGCUCCACCAUCAGCCUUCCAGUCAGGGAACUCCUACGGGCUUUUCAACCGUCCACCAGUCGCCCCCUACAGCCAGUUCAACACCAGCCCACUGCUCAUGCCAGAGUUUGGGGCUGUUGGACUGGGUCACACCGCUCCAGCUCUGGACUCGCUGAGAAAGACCCCUCCAGCGGAGGUUAUCAUCCCAUCAGCCCCUGCAGCAGCCACCACCGCUGCACCUGCAGCAGUGACCCACAAGAGUCCUGUGUUCACUCGCCCGAUGUCCACCAGCACCCAGCAACCAAUGGACCUGUUUGAGCAGAGGAGAGCUCCUGGUCCUCCUGCUGCUCGCCGGGGUCGUGGCGGAGGUCAUCGCGGUAGAGGUCGAUUCCCCGUUAGGAGAGAAGGACCCAUGCGGUUUGAGAAAGACUUUGACUUUGAGAGUGCCAAUGCUCAGUUCAACAAAGAUGAGAUCGACAAAGAGUUCCAGAGCAAACUCAAACUGAAAGAUGAGAAGUGUGAGAAGGCGGUGAACGGUGAGGAUAAGUGUGAUUUAGGAGUGGACACUCAGAACAGUGAAGGAAACGCUGAUGAGGAGGAUCCACUGCGAUCAAAAUGCUACUACGAUAAAUCCAAAUCAUUCUUUGACAACAUCUCCUGUGACGACACCAGGAAGGUGGCUGAGAGGUCUGGAGGAUCAGGUUUCCCCAGAGAGAGGAGGCAGACAUGGGCGGAGGAGCGGCGGAUGAACGCAGAGACGUUUGGCAUCCCAAUACGGCAUGGACGGGGCCGCGGGGGGUUCAGAGGCCGCGGGGGUAUGGGCUUCAGAGGUGGCCGGGGUCGCUUCAUCAGUCGAGGGUCGUUUGGAUCUUAUGCUGGCAGUAGCGGGUUUAGAGGAGGGUUCAGGGGAAGUCAAGGAGGAAGAGAGUUCCCCGAAUUUGAGUACAGGAAGGAUAACAAAGUGGCUGCAUAGUGAUGGGGAAGGAUCCAGAAGACCAGAUUUAGGGAAAUGCAUUUCUGGUCACAAGUUUCGAUGAGAAUGUGUGUUGUAAAUCUGUCACCAGCACUGGGGUUCUGUUGUAAAGCUGGAUGUAAAUCAAACGUCUACUCCAUUUCUUAAGGAGUGGAUCAAUUUAAUUUUUUUGAAUUGUUAAAUUUUAGUCAAAUAUUUCUAGAUGGUUUCAAAUAUAUAAUAAUUUCUGAGGGAGUUUUUCUUUGUUUGGUUUUAUUGUAUUAACAUCCCAUACCUACUCCUGUAUUUGAUCAUAUGUUAGCUGUUGAAUACAUAUAACAACAUUGUGAUGGUUUUGAUUACAGAAAUAGUUGCAUUUUUGGGGGGGUCAUACAGUAUCUUACAGUCAACAUUUAGCAUCAGUAUAGGUCUGCAAGUUCUGGAUUUCUUGUACACCUUAUUACUUUAUUUUUCUACAUAAUUUAAUUGAUUUCAAAUUUAACUUCUAAAUUCCUGUACAAGUAGUAGUUACCCCCCCCAACUUUUUUUGUAAGUAUUAAAUAUUUUUUGGAGUUAUCAGUCUCUAUAAGAGGUGUGUAGUUUACGGUGAGAUUCAGCUAUUAAAGAUAAGAGGUAAGUGUCAGUAUUGAUAGAAUUUCAAAGAUAAUUUAGAAUAAAUUACAACAUGGAUAUGCUCUCUCUGGAAAAAAAACUUUUCAAAUAUAAAACGGCACAAUUUAGACUAAAAUGACACUAAAGGGUACCGUCUAUGCAUAGUUACUUCAGUGAUGGGUUUAUAUAUUAUAUGGAUCACUUUGCUAAAUGUAGUACUUUGUAGCAGACGUUUGCUGAUGCGUAAAUUUCUGAAGAAAAUUUUGCUACUCAGUGCAUCUACAAUCUAUGCUGCAGUUUCUUUGACAAUAUUUACGUUCUUGCCACUUGAGUGUUUUGAUCACUUUUCUAUAUGGCUGUCAAAGAAAAUUUUGCUAACGCUUCAUAAACUUGUGUCAUGACGAGAAAACUUGACGUGUGUGUUCAGAUCCAGUUUUAGUCUCUACACUUGAGCCAAGUGCUAUCAGCAAAGUUUUCUUUAUGAAGGUUAAGAUAUUUGAAUGAGAACUGAACUACUUCUCCAGUAGAUAGUCUUGCCAAUAUGAAUGCAAAGCGGGCUUGUUUAAAAACCAAGGAUGCAAUAAAUGUUAUGCUCUUUUUUUUUUUUCUGUCCUUGUCACAGAAGUUGGAGGUUUGAUGCUUUUUAAGUGGCCUGUUUUUUUCUUUGUCUAUCCAUUUAAUUUAUUUUAUGGAUAUGGCUGUUAGCAUCACUGCAAAUAUGUAUUCAUGCAUCUUGUUAAAUGUAUUUUGGCAUAUUGGCGGAAAUUAUAAUGAAAUAAACUUUGAUUCUAUAUUAUAGCAUAUUAAAGUGCAAAUACUUAAGAGCUAAAGCUCUUUGAAUUUUUUAUCUUUUUGAGUAUAGCACUUUUAAAGCCCUUCUGACUUGAAAAUAAUUGCUAUUUUAAAGGAAUGUUCUGUUUCUAUACAAGUUAAAAUCAGUCAACUGCAUUUGUGGCAUGUUAAAAAAAAUAAUAAAUUGGACUUGUACCUUAUUUAUUAAAAAAACGAAACAAAUGGCGGUUACAGUGAGCCACUUAAAAUGGAAGUGAAUGGAGCCAGUGCAUAAAUGCUAAAAUACACAUUAUUUCCCAAGUAUAGCUACAACACAUACUUGUUAACAUUAAUUUAGAAUUUUCUUAAAUUCUCUUGCCAACCAUAUCUUUGUAACAUAACACAUUACAAUGUGAUGACAUAAUGCUGUAAACCCUGUUGGCAGUUUUAUCCCACACAUCCUGUAGAACAGAUUUUAUCACACUAAAAUCAUAGUCUUAUGCCUACUUUAGAAACUGUGUGUAUUUAAAUGUUCCAUUCACCUCCAUUGCAUGCCUUACCGUAACUCUGCUUUUUGCCCUAUCUGUUAUAUACAGUAUGUAUUUUCCCCCAAGAUGAGGCAUGGUUUAAAAUUAUUUAUAUGUACACCGAUCAGCCACAGCACUAAAACCACCUGCCUAAUAUUGUGUAACUCCCCAUCGUGUGACCAAAACAGUGCCAACCCGCAUAUCUGAAUAGCAUUCAGAGAUUCUAUUUUUCUUACCACAAUUAUAUAGAACUGUUAUCUUAGUUACUGUAGACUAUCAGUUUGAACCAGUAUGGUCAUUUUCCAGCCCAUCUGGCACCAACAAUCAUCCAUGUGAUUAUCUAAUCAGCCAAUCGUGUGGCAGCAGUGCAUAAAAUCAUGCAGAUCUGUGUCAGGAGCUUCAGUUAAUGUUCACAUCAACCAUCAGAAUGGGGAAAAAUGUGAUCUCAGUGAUUUGCACCGUGGCAUGUUUGUUGGUGUCAGAUGGGCUGGUUUGAGUAUUUCUGUAAUUGCUGAUCUUCUGGGAUUUUCACACACAACAGUCUCUAGAAUUUACUCAGAAUGGUGCAUUCAGUGAGGGGCAGUUCUGUGGACAGAAAUGCCUUGUUGAUGAGAGAGGUCAACGUCUACAGUAACUCAGAUAACUGCUGUGUACAAUUGUGGUGAGAAGAAUAUCAUCUCAAUGCUAUUCUUAGUGAGGGUUGGCACUGUUUUUGCGGCACGAGGGGGAGCUACACAAUAUUAGGCAGGUGGUUUUAAUGUUGUGGCUGAUCUGUGUGUAUAUAUAUAUAUUGGUAAUUGUUACAAAUGCUGUCAAUUGAGCUUUUACUGAAACUGAAACAUUCCUUUUAAUCUGACAAGAUUGAAUCUUCUAAUUUGUCUAGUAGCACAUGGAUAUUAAAAAUAAUGUAUUUAUAGCACAAGUAUUGGAACUGUUUAAAAUGAAUGGGAAUAAAUGUUGAUUUCCUGUGCUGUAAAAAUAUGUAAAGUUUCCAUUGUACACUGAAACGAAGACACUUCAGAAAUUGCAUUUCGAAUUAAUGUUGCAUUCGGGGUCAGAUACAUUCUUUUGGAGGUGUAAUACAUUUAUACUCCUUUAAACAGGAAAUUGUUGCAUGCAAUUUAUUUUACAGAAACCACCUAUGUGAUGAAAUGCUUGUGAAGCAAAAACUGUUUUGGAAGUGUCUUGAUUUUAAACUCAUAUGCCUUCCAUCAGGGUUGAUUACACAUUUCUUUUAAGCCCCGGCAUGGUGUCUGUUCACAACUAUGUUAAAGGGUUUUUAACUAGCUGCAAAAAUAAACAGUUUU